GCUAUUCAGCGUGCGAUAUUAUUAAUGUGGGUGUUAACAGUAACGUUAAUAGUUUGUUCAUUAUAAGUAUAAUGUACAAGUUAGUUAUGUUGGAGAUUGGGUUUUCAUGACAACUAGAGACAUGAAGUACUUUUUCUUAUGAGUGUGUUACCAUGUGUACCUGAGGCUUUUGUUAUGGAGACACCAGUUCUGAAGGUUCCAGGUGAGAUAUCUUUCUUCCUCCAAGCAGGGCUAGUGAGAGACAUAGUUACUGUUGAUGUUGGUGAACUCAAUCUGAAAACACUCAAAGACUUAGCAUGCAAGUUCAUUGAUAGGAAGUUCCCUGAUCAUGGCUUGAACCGCCUCAGUGAGCGUCUUCUUCUACUCCGUCAUGACUACAGCUCAGAAAACAUGCUGCUUCCAAUCAAUGUAGCUUCCGAUGUCGCAGAUAACACUGUUGUGGAAAUUAUCCUGUCAGUAAAUAAUCCAUCUGAUGAUGUUCAGAUCCGACCUCACAGCUUGAUGGUACAUUCAUACAAAUCUCCAACUUUUUGUGAUUUCUGUGGAGAACUGCUGUUUGGGUUAGUUAGGCAAGGGCUUAAAUGUGAAGGGUGUGGUUUAAACUUUCACAAACGCUGUGCUUAUAAGAUUCCAAACAAUUGUACACACACGCGUAGACGCAGGUCUUCGACUUACCUCUACCCCAGAAGUCCUACAGAAUCUGUACAGAGGACAGCAAGCAGUGGACCAAUAUUUUUAGAUGAUAUUUCAUUGAUACCAGUAUCACCUGGUAAAGAGAAAAGAUCCUCAGUCAACAUGGGCAGACCACCUUGGGUAGACAGAGAGCUGGCUGGAAGGAUUAAAGUGCCCCACACAUUUGUCGUACAUUCAUACACCCGCCCCACAGUGUGUCAGUAUUGUAAGAAACUUCUAAAGGGCUUGUUUCGACAAGGCAUGCAAUGUAAAGAUUGUAAGUUGAAUGUUCACAAGAGAUGCUGUGAAAAAAUCCCCAUGGAUUGUACGGGAGAAGCUCCAAAAGAAUGGCUAGAAGGAGGAGAAAGUGUAGACAGCGAGAAUGGUGGGGACAAUCUGGAUGGACAGAAUGGAGUUGAAAAAGUUGAUGAUGAUGACUCUGAUAAUGAAAGUGAGAUGUCUUCUGAAAAAGGAGAGGAUUCUAAACUCCCAGUGAAUGGAACAAGCAGCAACAACAUUCCAUUAAUGCGUAUAGUACAGAGUGUGAAACAAACCAAACGGAAAAGUUCAGAAGUGCUCAAAGAAGGCUGGAUGGUACAUUAUACAAACAAAGACAGUAUGAGAAAGCGGCACUAUUGGAGGUUGGAUACGAAAGCAAUAACAAUGUUUCAAAACGAAACAACUUCUAAAUAUUAUAAGGAAAUCCCUUUAUCAGAAAUACUGGCUGUAGAAACUGCAAAACAUACACUAAAUGCUGAAUUCUCCCGAACCUGCCAUUGUUUCGAGCUACGAACAGCCAAUGUUGACUACUUUGUUGGGGAAGAGCCAGGCAGGGAUCAAAGCUGGGAAUCUGCUAUUCGACAGGCUCUAAUGCCAGUAACAGUAACUCAAAAUAAUCAUGCAUCAGGUCAAGUAUGUGAUGGAGAGAAGCAAGUUGAAAAUGGUGACUACAAUAACAAAGACAUUAGUCGCAUGUACCAAAUCAUACCAGAUGAAGUUCUUGGCUCAGGACAGUUUGGUAUUGUGUAUGGGGGUGUGCACCGCACUAGUGGAAGGUCUGUUGCAAUCAAGGUGAUUGACAAGACCAAACUGCCAACAAAGCAGGAAGCACACUUGAAGAAUGAAGUUAUUAUACUCCAGAAUAUCAACCAUCCUGGUGUGGUUACUUUGGAGAAGAUGGUAGAGACCUCCAGCAGAAUAUUUGUGAUAAUGGAAAAACUAAGGGGAGAUAUGCUAGAAAUGAUUCUGUCAAGUGAGAAACGACGAUUGUCUGAGAGGAUCACAAAAUUUCUUAUAUAUCAGAUUCUAAUUGCCUUGAAACAUCUACAUUUCAAAAACAUUGUUCACUGUGACCUCAAGCCUGAGAAUGUUCUCUUAUCUUCAAAUUCAGACUUUCCUCAGGUGAAACUUUGUGAUUUUGGAUUUGCAAGAAUCAUAGGUGAGAGGUCCUUUAGAAGGUCUUUGGUGGGAACUCCUGCUUACUUAGCUCCAGAAGUUGUGAGAAAUAAAGGAUACAACAGAUCACUUGAUAUGUGGUCAGUUGGGGUCAUCAUUUACGUCAGUUUAAGUGGAACUUUUCCAUUCAAUGAAGAAGAAGACAUUCAUGACCAGAUUCAAAAUGCUACCUUCAUGUAUCCACCUAAUCCAUGGAAUGAAAUAUCGUCUAAUGCUGUUAACCUCAUCCAGAACUUGCUGCAGGUGAAAACAAGAAAACGAUACACGGUGGAUAAAUCAUUAUGUCACCCAUGGUUACAGGACUACCAGUUAUGGUGUGAUUUACGGGAACUAGAGGGUCAGGUUGGUACUAGAUAUUUAACACAUGAAUCAGAUGAUGCUCGCUGGGAGGUUUACCGUCAGGAGCACAAUCUUCCAGUGCCCAGUUAUGUCACAUUGUUCAAUCAAGAAAACCAACAAAGUUCCACCUUUGAUAACCAGUGGACAACGACAGACUUGUUGAACCUCACAGAAGAAGUGGCAUCAGUGAAACUCUGAGGAAUGCAUCUAAGAUGUCUGAAGUAUAACUUUUCUGACAAUCGUUAUAUUGUAAUGAUACAUGUACAUUGCAAUCAUGUAAGUGCUUUGCUCUUUUCCUCAUUUUUUGUAUUAAGAAAAGUAAAUAAGACUGUGGCCAAAACUAUUGAGAAAAAGGUUUUAUCACAGACUGAUUGUGGCAGAAGGAAUUGGUAUUUUAAGUGCCAAUUAGAAUCAUAAGUUCAAUGCUUGCAUAUCUCAAAUAACUAUCCACUAGUUUUUUUCCCAUGUUAAAGUUUCCAGUAUAGCCUUUUUCAUAUAGUUCUCUAAGCAGCUGUGACUACUUUGAUAAAUAGAAAGAUGGAGGUUGCAAGUUCUAAGAAAUGAGAUUGUUUUUAAAUUAGAAGUUUGUUUUAAAUUUAUAGGUAUCAACCUGUUUGUAUUCCUUUUGAUGAUGUUACAGCAUAUAGUGAAAUUUGGGUUUUGUUUAGAAUAUUCAUACAAUUUUUUUAAAAGCUUUACAUGCUGCAGCUAUUUUGAUAAUAAGCUUGAUCAGUGUUGUACAUGAUUUAAUCACAGCAUAAAGAUCUAUGUUGAUAGAAUAAAAGUACAAAUACUAUAUAACAGGCCUUGUAGUCAUAACAUUGUGCAUCAUACAAAUAGUAUCUUACAUAUGUGUUAAUAUUUAUGUAAAAGAUAUGUAUGAUAAAGUGACAUGAUUCUAUUACUCUGAAGUAACUCUUAAUGAUACAUUAAUAUUAAGGUUGUCAUCUAACCUAUGCCGCAGUGAUCAACUUAUACUGUGCAAGUUUCCUGGCUUUACUGUUUAAGAAUGAAGUUGGACAAUGUAGAAUUUUAUUACUGUUAUCUUUUAUUUCUGAUUAUUUUAGUUAAAGGUGUGUUUUAUGUGGAGUAAACAUAGUUUGUUCAGAAAUGGUCAUGGUAAUGAACAAGUAUAAUAAAGCAAAUCAAAUCUUAAUGUGUCAUCAGUAUGUUCUAAACCAAAGGAAAAAAAAAUCAGAUAGGUGUAUGUGUGUGUGUAUGUAGCUGGGUUGCAGAACAGUUGCACACAAUGUGAACCAAAUGGUUGGAUUAAAGGCUCAAAAAUUUUACUUUAGAGCCGACAGGAAUGUUCUUGUGUCAGCUGUCACCCUCUUUAAAUUAUAGAAACUCACAAGUGUGGCAAUUGUGAAGUAUGUAGAGUUCAUUUUAAUUUACCAAGUAUUGCCAUCAACACAGUUCUACAUUUGAGUUUAAAGCCAGUUCUGUCUGAACAUCACAUCAAUGUACAAGUAAAAAAAAACAUUUUUUUUAUGCAUCAUCUUUGACGCCAGCAUUACAUUCACAGAAACAAGUGUUUUGUUUUUAUUCACCGCUGUGGAAAAUUCCUGAGAUGGUAGUACAUGAACUUACAUUCACAAAGAACUUGAUUGAAACAAGCUUUGGUUCACACACACACACACACACACCCUGAUCCUCCAGACUUUUGGAAGGUUUGGUGACUGUGACAUGAGGGUUUUGGAUGUUCAUCUACCCUGGUAUAUACAAAUAGAUAUAUUUGAGUUUCUGAAACGAUAGUCUUUUUUUUUCUUGUUACUGUAUUAUUGAGAUCUAAAUGCUGAAAGUUAUUGAUAACUGUUUCUGAAACUUGAUAUAUCUAUGAAGCUAGUAUUUUGUUUCUUAUUAUCAGAUCAAAACAGCAUACUUUAUAAAAAUGUUUCUAAACAGAACUAGUUUUUUAAUUAAAAGAACUGAUGUAAUGUAUUCUUAGAACAUAUGAGAUUUUAGCUGAUUUGUGUCUUAAUGCUUAGUUCAUUGGUUAAUUACUGUAGGUUAAUAUGUUUAAAACCCAUGUUUACAAGCCAUUUUGGAGGAGACACUCUUUACUAAAAAUAUAAGUCCUAAAGUUUUGAUUUGUCAUUAUAAGUUUUGAAUUUUUUCACUUAAAAAUUUUAACAAAUGGGUUACAGUAUCUGAAGUGGUAGAUCAAUUACUGACUGAAACUUUUUGUGUCGUUCUAAACCAAUUCUAAAUUUACAUUUGGUAAAUGCCUAUUUUAUGUUAUAUAAACAUAUUUUUUUAGUGUUUGACAAAGAGAGAACAUGAAAAAGUUAAGGCAAAAUUGAUUUUGAAAAGUCAAAUUCAGCUAUUCAGCUUUUCAUUGUACAAACAUUGUAAUUUUUUUAUUUAAUGUUUAGGAAAGCUAUCAUGAGUGUUUCUGUUGAAAGUAACCUGACAAAGUGUGGCAUCAUGCUGGAAAGUAGAUUUAUUUUGUUAUUUUUAAUCUACAGAUUUGAUUUAAAAAUAUUUGCUCAAAGUUUUAUGGGAAACCUCUGGUAAACCCAGAAACUUUUGUUAGUCAUCCCUUAAAUUUUCCAUAAGCCACUAAUUGUGCUGGUCAUGACUUUACAUUGAAGACUUCUUAGUGUUUUCAGUUGUAUGUUAAUAAAGAAAAUGUAAUGCAAGACAUUUCAGUAAUAUAAAUAUUUGUCAUGUACUUUAAUAGUUAUUGUAGUUGCUAGUCAAAAUGUGUUAAUAAAAUCUAGGAGACUAGAAAUAGACUAGAACUUUAGACACCUGAAAAUAGUUCAAGGAUAAACUAAACUAGAAGGAAAACCUUACACACUAUACCUAAGUAAUAGUUAUAAAACAUUUAAAGUUUGUUAUAAGAUCAUAUUGAUGGAAACAAAUCUUCUGUUAACUUCUUAAAACAUAGAAGUGAUUGCUUAUUGUUCAUUUCUUGAACUAUUGUAUAUUUAACUGUGACAAUCAUGUAUUUGAGAGAACCUUAGUGUAAACAGGCUGAGAUUCUUCUGCUGAUUUCCAUGUCUGUUUAAUCAGUGUAAGUGUCAUCAUCAUCCUUAGGAUCAGUGUACAUUCAGUGAUAAAUUGAGGGGUGUAGGGAUGGUCAGUUGAUGUUGAAGUAGGAAUAGUAAGGGGCCAAAUCUGUGAUCUAAUGUUUCUGUUUAUCCACGAAAUUUAAUAGUUGACAUGUAAAAAAUAGAAUUUCUAACAAUGUUUCACAAACUGUUACUUGAUUGAACAAAAUGUGAUAAGAGAAAUUAAUGAAUCAUAUACAACUACACAAAAGUUUAUGGUGUUAACCUGCCAUAAUCAUUUCUGAAGUACAUUGUCUUGUAGUGAAAUGGCUGCAAUGUGUUGACCUUUUAAAUAU